AUGGUGUUGAAAAAAUGUUCCAUCUGUUCGCGGGUGUUCAAAAAAACCGAACAUUAUAAGAGGCAUGAGCGGUCGCACACUAAGGAACGCCCAUACGAAUGCAAUGUCUGCCACAAGCGUUUCUCUCGAAGCGAUGUCUUGAGCCGACAUGCCAAGGGCCACAAUCAAGCCAAUGCGACAGCCGGUCCAUCGGAAGCGUCAAAUCGACAGUCAUCAGUAAUUGCGGAUGCAUCAUUGAUCCCGGGACCAGGAAAUGGUUUUAUCGGCGCAGAAGCACAGAUUCCACCUCUGUCUACCACUUCGCGAGAUGCGCAUCUCGCAUCAACUGGGCUCCCAUCAUCACUAGAUUACCUAGCUGACAUUUCAGCCCACCAUGGCCGCACCGAGCCAGAUCUCAAUAUGAUGAUGAUCGAUGACCAGCAGCAGUACUUUGGAUGGAAUGCAGUCACAUCGGCAGAUCAUGUGUCGCACCGAGCUGGCUCGGCCUUCGACCCUGGGCCAAAAGACAUGCUACAAAUGUGGCUUGAACCACGCACAGCUUCGGCUUCAAUUGACUCGCUAGAUCUGAUGCGCGAUAGCCAUUUUCCACUGAUCGGUGACAAUUUGAAUCUUACUUCAGGCCAGCAGAAUCGACAUUCAGUCGACAGCAGCGAUAGCAUUCCUAAUGAACGCUUCGCUAGAGUUCAGCAGUGCUGGCUAGCACCACCGAAUACCGGGCGUCUUAUUAACAGUUUAUGGCGGGAUAUCGUCAUGUCGCCGGUUGAUAAUAUUUUCUCCGUUCAGUCAUUACACCCUCCCAAUGAGGCAAGUGCUGUUGAAGGAUCCCGGUAUGGAUUCGACGAGAAUUGCAGACGGCGCCUUUAUGCGGCUUUUGGACCGAUGACUCUUUCUGCGCAUAUGCAGUCACCCCCAGAUAGGAAUAUUCCUCCAGCCACGCCUGUCUCGACAUUGAAUUACUCUGAUUUCCCUCCUGCUGAGAUUUUGGAUAUGGCACUAGAUUUAUUUUUCCGUAUCUUUAAUCCCCUCUUGCCAUUUGUCCAUCUACCAACCUUUUCGGCAAAUAAGGUGCGACCAUCUCUACUAUAUGUUAUGACGCUGGUUGGCAUGACAUUACUUGGCACGAAAGGAACAACUGCGUUUGUGUCCAGAAAUUUCUCAGGCACUUUGGAAAAGGUAACAGCUGAAUUUGCCCGAUGCUCAAUGGGACUUGAGAGCGCUUCUGGCACCGUGACAUUGUUUGCGACAGUUUUGCUCUUAUUAAACCUAGCUGGCUUGACCGGGGAAAAAGUACAUCUAGAACAGUGUCAACCUCUUUAUAUCAAUGUCAUGUCUGUCGCCCAAAGACAUGGUCUGUUUUCAGCCACUGAAGGACAGAUUCUUGACAUGACUUUGUUCGAAACGGUUCCUGAUAAUGAAAUGAGAUGGAAAGCCUGGAGCAAGGUCGAAUCAACUAAGAGAAUAAUCAUUGGAUUACUGCUCCUAGACUCUUGGUACUCCUCGUUCCUCUCAACGGGUCCAAUCACAGUCCCAGACUCAAUCCAACUCAUCCUCCCCUGCAGCGAAGCUCUCUUCAGCGCCAGCUCCUCCAUCCAAUGGAAACACCUAAUCCGUGGCGGAAAGCGCAUUCUCUCAUCAACGAUCCUCGCCCCAUCCGAAAACAUCAACAUCCCCACCCUAGAAGCUCCCGCAGAUGACUUCUGUAUACAAGCAAUACUAGCAAUAGUUCAGCUCCGCCAGUCAGAAGCCUACCACCGCCUCCUCUCCAAUAGAGCCAGCUACCCCUUUGCUCCAUGUCACACCUACGCCAUGGACGGCCGAGCCAGGUGCCUCCCCUCCCUCCAAUCCCAGCUCAUCACAAACUACAGCGAAACCCUCGAUCGCCUCAAUCCUAACGCUCUCAUUACGUGGCACAACAUUUGCAUGACUCUCACCGCCGAUAUCCAAAUAUUCGACCUUGCAGCUGGCCGUGCAGGCCCAAAUCCUGCCCGUAAGGCGCUUGACGAUAUCCGUGAAUGGUCGCAGACACCUGCCGCCAGACGCGCGUGUUUGCACGCUGCACAAAUCUACAAAGUCAUGACAAACCGCAAAGCUUCUGACCAUCCCACCUUCCAAUCUAUGUUUUCGCUCUUCUCGGCUGGAUUAGUGCUCGGUCUGUAUACGUUCAUGGUUCCGGCCUCUACUAGUUCGCCGUCUAGUGUCGGGUCUGUGGAGUUGAUGGAUGAUGUCGACUGGAGAUCAGUGGGAACGGAGGGAUUCACUAGUUUCAUGGAGCCUAGGGGAAGUCAGGCUCUCGCGCCGACGGAUGAUCCCGCUGUUAACUUCAUUCGCAACGGGGCUACUAUCUACUUGCGAGGACUGCCGUUCCACGGUGGGUAUCAGUUUGCGCGUCGAAUCCUGCUUGAUUAUGCAUCUCUUCUCAAGGACUCUGGGAAGUGGAGCGUCAAAAAGUUCUCGUAUAUUUUAUACAUAAUGAGUGAUGUUCUCAUGGACGUCGAAUAA